CAGAGAACAUCUCUCAACUAGACAGUAAUCAAAGUGCCGAUUCUUUAAAAGACAGCUGUUGUCAUGUAUGUUAAUUCAGAGCUAUCUCCCAAUGCAAAGCCCCGCCGGACAUAGUCACUCGAUGUGAUCGGCCCAGAAACCAGGGUUAAUUUUGCUCUCUCAUUCACGAUUUUUCAACUUCAGCAAAGCAAAGCCAGCUCACCAUCAUCUGCUGUGAGAAUAUUAAUCAUCUCCAAAUGGAUCACAGAAAUCUACUCUCAAGAAGCGUCGAUGAGCAGCAGAAGUUGGUGAUCUCCAUUCUAACUGAAUGGAUUGGCAUGGGGAGAAGCGGAACUCUCAACUCGGCUAAGCUGCAGCUUUUUAACCGGAUUUCGCUUGUCAUGGUGUCCCUGUCCCUCUUACUCCAGCCAGCUUGCUGUCAAUCAUGUCGGAUCCAGCGCUGCAACGCGGAGUAUGUGGCAUCGUUCUCACCCGCCGCCGGCCUUCAGGAGGACGUGGUGUCUGAUGUGGACUACUGCACGGCGCUGAGGGCAUACUCCUUGUGCACUAGGCGAACGGCCCGCGGCUGCAGAGGGGACCUCGUUUACCACUCGGCUGUGUUCCGGAUCAAGGAGCUCUUCGCUCAGCACAACUGCUCCAGUGAGGGUCCCACGUCUUCAGUCAAAGCCCCAAGCACGUCCAGGCCCACCGCAGUGGACACAUGCGACUUCGAGAGCAGAGCGCUGGCUUCGGGCCCAGCAGAUGCACAGAAGAAAAAGUAUGCACACUGUGGACUAUUCGGUGACCCUCACUUGCGCACUUUCAAAGACGAGUUUCAGACGUGUAGAGUGGAGGGCGCGUGGCCGCUCAUUCACAAUCGCUACCUCUCCGUUCAGGUCACGAAUGUGCCUGUUGUGGAGGGAUCAAGCGCCACAGCAACCAACAAGAUAACUGUCAUAUUCAAAGCGUACCGUGACUGCACCGAGCAGAAGGUGUACCAGGCCACCACGGACGACGUGCCCUCUGCCUUCCAGGACGGCACACGCAGCGGUGGCCAUGCAGGCAGCCUGCGUAUAACAGAGAACAGCGGACACGGCGGCGUGCGCCAGGUCACCAUCAAUGCCCGCUACUUGGGCACCUCCAUCAUUGUGCGGCGGGUCGGCCGCUACCUCACUUUCGCCAUCCGCGUUCCUGAAGAGAUGGUGGAGGAGAGCGGCGGCUUACAGCUCUGCCUGCACGGCUGCCCACGCAGCGAGCUCAUCAACGCUCACGUGCUGAGCCGAGGACCGCGGCAGGAGGGGAGCGAUGGACAAUUGCAGCCGGGCAGCAUGGGCCGCGCCGACCUGCUCGAGCGUGCCACAUCCAGAUGCAGGGAGACGCUGCAGGUCGAAGACGUUUACUUCCAGUCGUGUGUCUUCGACGUCCUCACAACCGGAGACGUGCAGUUCUCUAUGGCAGCGUUCGCAGCACUGCAGGACCUGAAAGCUCUUCCUCCCAGCACGCUGGAGCAGAGCGCAGUCAGGACUCCACCCGUUUCUAACAGAACGAGAGAGAGCUCUCCAUCACUCCUCAUCAUCACUCUGCUCCUUCUGCUCAUCCUGCUGGAGAGGCCGGGUUAGCGGAGACGCAACGGAAAGAACGGAUUUGACUGAACUUGUUUUAAAGCUCUUUUGAAUCGUUUUUUUGAAUUUGUCAGAAGCACUCGAAACAUCUUUCCUAACACUACCACAUCAAACCCAGCAGUCAUUCAAACUCGCAUUACUUUCCAUAAUGGAAUUAUGUCACGACACUUCUCUGUACUUUGAAGAAAGCAGUACAGUCUGUGAAGGCAGAGGGCAGCUAUGGAAAUCUAAUUAGCAUGAACGUUAUGUGUAACAACACCCACAAUGUUUAAUCAUGAUCCUGGAGGAUGUUUACAGAAUAUAGAUGUAUCAUGGACACGGCUCUGGUACCAGUAGAUAACGACGUCUCUCAGUCUUCUUGGCUUGAGCAUGGCACUUAAUGCUGCUCCUUUGUAAUAAAUGCAUGAACAACAUGGGAUCCAACAACUACAUGAAAAUACUACCUAUCCAUAUAGUUCUACAGGUACAGUAUAGAACAUUAGGUACAAAAAAAGGCUACAGGUACAGAAUAUAACAGUAAUUCCCUGAGCCACUCUGCAUCCUGCAUUACUGUUUAUGGCUAAGAAACAAAUUCUUUAUAUAAUAAUAUAUUGAAAGUGUGUAUAUAUGUGUGUAUACUGUGUACAUUCUCCUAUGUAUAGAUGAUUGUAAAUGUGAUGUUUUUGCAGCUGUUUUUCUUAGAUUUUUUUUUAAACUGUCAGAAGUAAGUAAUAUGUAACCCCUGGUCUUUUCCAUAUUAAAAUAAGUUGUCACACUA